AUGAUACGAAUAUUUUAUGGGUGUCUUUCAUUAAAAUCUAUUGUUAUUCCAAAUUCAGUAGAAACUGUUUCUUCUUCAGCUUUUGAAGAAUGCACUAGUUUAAAUGAUAUAAAUCUUCCUAAAAGUAUUACAAAAAUUGAUGACGCAGCAUUUGCAAAUUGUAAAUCAUUGACGCAAAUUACAUUACCAGAAAAAUUAGAAAAACUUUCAAAUACUGCUUUUCAAGGUUGCGACAAUCUUAAAACUUUGGUAUUUUUAAGCAUGCCAACAAAUUUAGAUAGGAGUUUCUUCACUUCAUUGAAAUCAUUAGAGUAUAUUACUCUUCAAAGUGAAAUUGAAAUCAUUUGGAAACAAAUGUUUUUCAAUAUUACAAAUUUACGAGAGUUGAAAAUUCCAAACAAAGUUACUAAAAUAGAAGGAUCAGCAUUCGAAAAAUGUACUAAUCUUGUCAAUGUAGAAUUUUCUGAAAAUGUUUCACAAAUCGAUCAAAAAGCUUUUUAUCAAUGCAACCAAACUUAA